AUGGCGUCCGCGGGGUCGAACACCAUUAAGGUUGUUGCUAGGUUCCGGCCGCAAAAUAAGGUCGAAUUAGCCUCAGGUGGUAAACCCAUUGUCGAAUUCGAGAAUGAAGAGUCAUGUAGCAUCAACUCCCGAGAGGGCACAGGCGCCUUCACAUUUGACCGGGUGUUCCCUAUGGACACUGCGCAAAACGACAUCUUCGACUUUUCUAUCCGACCGACUGUAGAUGAUAUUCUGAAUGGCUACAACGGAACAGUCUUUGCCUAUGGCCAGACUGGUGCCGGAAAGUCGUACACAAUGAUGGGUUCCGACAUCGAUGAUGACAUAGGGAAAGGUAUCAUCCCACGAAUGAUCGAGCAAAUCUUCGCAAGCAUCCUGACCAGCCCGAGCAAUAUUGAAUACACCGUCCGAGUCAGCUAUAUGGAAAUUUACAUGGAGCGGAUUCGUGAUCUGCUGGUACCCCAGAAUGACAACCUACCAGUCCACGAGGAGAAGGCCCGCGGAGUUUACGUUAAAGGACUGCUGGAAGUUUAUGUAUCCAGUGUGCAGGAGGUAUACGAAGUUAUGCGCCGGGGAGGAGCAGCACGUGCCGUCGCUGCAACCAACAUGAACCAGGAAUCAUCUCGCUCCCACUCCAUUUUCGUCAUCACCGUCACCCAGAAGAAUGUCGAGACCGGGUCUGCCAAGAGUGGUCAGUUAUUCUUGGUCGAUUUGGCUGGUAGUGAAAAGGUUGGAAAGACCGGCGCGAGUGGUCAGACCCUGGAGGAGGCCAAAAAAAUCAACAAGAGUCUGAGUGCGCUAGGAAUGGUUAUCAAUGCGCUAACCGACGGCAAAUCGACACAUAUUCCUUACCGUGACUCGAAACUCACUCGAAUUCUCCAAGAGUCCCUUGGCGGUAACUCCCGGACGACUCUGAUUAUCAAUUGUUCACCCAGUAGCUACAACGAUGCGGAAACGAUCUCUACCUUGCGAUUCGGUGUGCGCGCCAAGGCCAUUAAGAAUAAGGCUAAGGUUAAUGCAGAGCUGAGCCCCUCGGAGAUGAAGCAACUAUUGCGCAAGGCGCAAAGUCAAAUGACGAAUUUCGAAAGCUAUAUCUCGGCCCUUGAGGGCGAAGUGAGCAUGUGGCGGAGCGGCGAUAGCGUCCCUAAAGACCAAUGGACUCCUUCACGGGGAAACGAGCUUGUCAGUGCUACAAAGACUGAGGCCCGCGGCCCGCGGCCAGGUACCCCCUCGCGUUUACACGAGACUGUUCGUUCGGAAACUCCGCGCCCAGAUUCACGAGUUGGAGAUCGGUCCAGCACCCCCAGCCUGGUGCUGGAAAAGGAUGAGCGUGAGGAGUUCUUGCGCCGCGAGAAUGAAUUCCAAGACCAGCUGUCGGAAAAGGAGUCGCAUAUUGUCAACGUUGAGCGCAGCCUCCGCGAGGCACGCGACGAGCUUCGGUCUAUGAAAGAAAAUGGCGCACGAACCGGCAAGGAUAAUGAGCGACUGGGAACAGAAGUCAACGAGCUUCGCAUGCAACUCGAGAAGGUUUCCUAUGAAAGCAAGGAAGCCGCCAUCACCAUGGACGGCCUCCGAGAGGCCAACACUGAACUCACAGGCGAGCUAGACGAAGUAAAGCAGCAGCUUUUGGAUGUUCGGAUGAGGGCAAAGGAGACCACCGCAGCACUUGAUGAGAAGGAAAAGAAAAAGUCCGAGAAGAUGGCUAAGAUGAUGGCUGGAUUUGACCUUGGGGGUGAUGUCUUCUCCGACAAUGAGCGCAAGUUGCAGGACCUCAUCCAGCGCGUUGAUUCUCUACACCGCAUCAGUUCCGAAGGCGAAGUGAUUGCACCUGACGACCUCCUCGAGCUCCGAACGAAUCUACUCGAAACCCAAGGCUUCAUCCGACAAGCGGAGCUGACCGUGAACGACCGAAGUGACUUUGGCGAGCUGCAGGACAGUCGCCGCGCAGACUUGGAAAAGAGACUGGAUGAUCUUCAGCGAGAGUAUGAAGAUCUGCUGACCCGCAACUUGGGUGAGGGUGACGUGGAAGAGAUCCGCGGACGACUGGAGCAAGUUUACAUGGCAAAGAAGGAAGCGGAGACUGCGGUGACCGAGGAUCUUCGUUCUGACAUCUCGCGCAAGGAUGAGGAAUUGACCAAGUUGCGACAAUCUCUUGUUGAUACCCAGUCUCGAACAUCUACCAAUGGCGCCGCUAGCAAGAGUUUGCAGCAGCAAAUCACCGAAUUUGAUGCCAUGAAGAAGUCUCUUAUGCGUGACUUGCAGAAUCGCUGCGAGCGUGUGGUUGAGUUGGAGAUCUCCUUGGACGAUGCGAGAGAGCAGUAUAAUAAUGUCCUGCGAUCAUCGAACAACCGGGCUCAACAGAAGAAGAUGGCCUUUUUGGAGCGCAAUCUCGAGCAAUUGACACACGUACAGCGUCAACUUGUCGAACAGAAUAGUAGUUUGAAGAAGGAGGUAGCAAUCGCGGAGCGCAAGCUGAUUGCGAGAAACGAGCGUAUUGCCAGCCUUGAAGCUCUGCUCCAGGAGAGCCAAGAGAAACUUACCCAAGCCAACCACCGAUUCGAAGCUCAACUCACUGCUGUCAAGGAGCGCCUCGAAGCAGCGAAGCAAGGUUCCACUCGUGGCUUACCGAGUAUGGAUGGGAAUGCGAGUUUCAGCUUCGGGGGUUCGCGCAUCGCGAAGCCGCUACGCGGGGGUGGUGAUGGGCCGUCGAACGCGAACGUCGCGGGCAUACAAUCGCAGGAGGCGACCGGGAAGCGCAGCAGCUGGUUCUUUGAUCGCCGAUGA